GUGGAGUACCGGAAGCGGCAGUUGCCAUGGAUCCCGCGGAGGACUGGCUUGUGGAAUCCUUGCGCUUGUACCAGGAUUUCCAUGCAUUUGACCUCUCAGGAGCCACUCGAGUCCUUGAAUGGAUUGGUGACAAAGGAGUCUUUGUUGCUGGCUAUGAGAGCCUGAAAAAAAAUGAGAUUCUUCAUCUCAUACUACCUCUCAGACUGUCUGUAAAGGAAAACCAGGGCUUAUUCCCAGAAAGAGAUUUCAAAGUGCGCCAUGGAGGAUUUUCAGACGGAUCUGUCUUUGAUCUAAAGUAUGUGCCAGAUACCAGGUUGCUGGUGACCAGUGGCCUUCCAGGUUGUUAUCUGCGGGUGUGGCAGUUUGCAGAAGACAGUGAUGUCAUUAAGCCUGUCAGCACCAUUGCUGUGCAUGAAAAAGAGGGGAACUUCUGGCCUAGGGUGGCUGUCUUCUCCUCAGUGGCUCCUGGAGUCCUCCAUGGGGCACGGCUUAGUGACCUGAAGAUUGUGGAUCUGGAAUCCCAGAAGGUCACGUACAGCUCAGGCAUCAGUGACAGUGAGGAGCUGAGUAGCCUACAGGUCCUGGAUGCAGACAUCUUUGCUUUUUGCUGCACCUCUGGUCAUCUGGGGAUUGUUGAUACCCGCCAGAAGUGGGCACCAUUGGAGAAUACCAGCCCCAACCUUGGGUCUGGAGAAGAGAGAUGGUGUGCAGAAGUUAGGGGCAUGGACCAAGGCCCAGGGUCCUGCAUUGCAAGCCUUGGCUCAGAGGGGCAGCUCCGUCUCCUUGACACCCGGGAUCUCUGCCAUCCUAUGAGUUCGGUCCAGUGCCCAGUGUCCACACCUAGCCCCAACCCAGAGCUACUGCGAGUGUCAUGGGCCCCAGGCCUGGACAACUGCUUGGCCAUUUCAGGUUUUGAUGGGACAGUUCAGGUCUAUGAUGUCACAUCUUGGGAUGGAAUGGGGAUCCAGGUGGAACCUCUCUUCACUCACAGAGGUCACAUCUUCCUCAAUGAAAACAAGAUGGACACUGCUCCACAGGUCACCACCCAUACCUGGCACCCCUGCAAACCCAGGACUUUGUUAUCAGCAGCAAGCGAUGCCUCCCUGCAUGUGUGGGACUGGGUGGACCUUCGUGCUUCCUGCUGACACCAACAUCUUCCUGCCUGGCCUUUAGGAAGAAAGAGAGGGAGCUGCUGAAGUGGCAGGGGCACUGAUUCAGUUCUUGAGUGCUUCAGAUCCCUGGUACCAGCUGUAUGACCUUGGCAAGUCAGACUGUCUCUGGCCCCCAGUUUUCUUUUCUGUGAAAUGAGGAUAGAAAUAACUACCUUGCUGGGCCUGGGGGUGCACACCUGUAAUCCUAGCUGCCUGGGAGCUGAGGCAGUAGGAAACAAGUUCAAAGCCAGCCUUAGCAACUUAGUGAAGCCCUAAGCAACUUGAUGAGAUACUGUCUCAAAGUAAAAAAUAAAAAGGGUUGGAGAUGUGGUUCAGUGGUUAAGCUCCUCUAGGUUCAAUCCCUGGUGCCAAAGAAGAAAAAGAAGGAACUACCUUGCAGCAUUGUUGGGAAGAUUAGAAGUAAUAUAAAGAAUAGUUUUUGUAGGACACAUGGCACAGUAAAUUAGCUGGUAGCCACUGUUAGAUCUGAGGACUCCACUUUCCCUAGUGUGAAGCAGCAGGGUUUUGUCCCUGUCUUCUUCACAGUAUCAGAGUAAGAAUCAGAAGAGCUUGUGCUAUCAACCCCAGUAACAAGACAAGAUUGUGCCAUUUCUUGCCUAUCAAAUUGCCAGAUGUUAAACCCUUACUGCUUUGAGCAGCUGAUGGAGGUCUUGUGAUACUCUGUGAAGGAUGCAGAGGAGAGGCAGGGUCUUCCCUGCUGUGUUGUACUUUGUGCAUUUGAGUCAGAGGGUAUACAUCCAGUCCCCUAUUAAAGGACAGUUACAUUUUCCUCAUCUUUUGCUAUUGUCUGAUGAACAGCUUUUGUUCCCAUGAACAAUAUGUCUGUAGGAUACAUUAAAAUAAAAUUGCUGAGGUAGAAGAUAUAUGCAACUUUAGGUUUUAUAAACACUGCCAAGGUGCUCUUCUUACAGAUUGUAUCAUUUUCUACUCCCAAGAACAGGGUUGCCUCUCUCCCUCCUCCUUGCUAACAAAGCCUACUUAGUGGCUUUUCACCUUUGCCAAUCUGAUGAGUGAAAAGUCAUUACUCAUAGCUGUAGUUUGCAUAGUUAUCUCCUAAGUGAGAGGUUGGAACUCUUCAUAAACUUAAAAGUUUGGGGGCAGCGGGGCAUGGUGGUGCAUGCCUGUAAUCCCAGUGACUUGAAAGGCUGAGGCAGUAGGAUCACGAGUUCAAAGCCAGACUUAACAACUUAGCAAGACCCUGUCUCUAAAUAAAAAAUGUGGCUCAGUGGUUAAGACUACUGGGUUUAAUCCCUGGUACUAAAAAUAAAUAAAUAAAUAAGUUUUCAAGCAAAUAUUUCUAAAGCCAGAGUAGGAAAAUAGGUGUUGGUGCUCAGCACCAACCACAACACUAGGAAAUUCAAACAGAUCCUGAGCUGUCCUCCUCUUGGUCCUCCCUGGAACACAGCCUGCUCUAUAUGCCUGUCCCCCAGGGGAAUAGACCUGAGGGGCAUUUCCUUUUGGGGGCUCCACAAGCAUUUCCAUUUAGGGACCAUAGCAAAUAUUAAAGUUACAUGUAUCUCCCUGUUAUACAUGAUUUCUCACUUUAAUUUAUUAAAGGAUCUUUUUUUUUUUUUUUUUUUUUUU